UUGCAAAAUCGGAAAAGACAGGGUAGGCAGUCUGAUGAGUCUUUCCUUUCUUUGGCUUUGGAAAUUCAAAGUUUGGUUCAUGAAGCUUUUCCUAGUGUAUCCCCUUCUGAAAAGGAGAGACUUUCUGUGGACUAUUUUAUUGAUUCUUUGAAACCUGAUGCUAGCCUCAACUGGUCUGUGAAAGAGAAGUCUCCAGCGACUUUGUAUGAUGCAAUUUGCCAGGGUACGUUAUAUGAGGACCACUGGUACAAAGAACGUCAUCGUGAUGCGAAAAUGUGCCCCUUGAAAACAAGCCUCGUUAAAGGUUGUGCUGAGGAGACAACCUCCGCAUUUGGUUGUGCUACAGAAACUGAUUGUGCCAAAGAAACAACAAUCACUAAUAAUUGCAUUAAGAAGAUGACAUCUGUAAUCGAUGGCAGUGCUAAGAGAACAGUAAUUGAUACUGAUUGUGCAAAGAGAAUGGAUGACGUCAGUGAUUGUGCUACCCAUACAAAAUCUAUUAUUGAUUGUGCUAGGAGAUCAACUAUUGACAAUGAUUGUGCUACCGAGACAAUCAAUGCUAAUGAUUGUGCUUCGAUGAAUUCUGCGUUACAUAUAAUCGAGACAGCGACUUCGACAGUGAUAAACACUUUAUUGAAUGGUGAAUGCAGAGACAUUUUGGCGAAAUGUAAGGCGCCCUCUAUUAAUAAAACAACAAAGACUAGGAGCUACAGAAGAAAGCAUCAUUUGUGCUACAAAUGUGGGGACGUAACCCAUAUGUAUGUGAACUGCCCGUUGAAACAUACUGCCAUUAGAGACGUUUAGGUGAUAUAUUAUAAUCUAUGUAACAGCUGAAUGAAAAGUCAACAUUUGAUAUUUAGUGAUAGAUGAUGAUGAAACAAGUGAUAACUAUGCUAUUUAUAUUCAACAGUUUUGUGCUGAGCCAUGAUGAACUAUGAUGCCAUCUAUUAUUCUACUAUUAGUGCGAUGCUGAUUAAGGACUGAUCACCCUGAAAUCAUGAUUUGUAGUACUGCAUUUGUUAUACAUGGACACUAAUUUGGAUAAUCAUAAUUCAUUUUAGCUGCAUAAUGCGUGAUUAUAUGCAUCGAUUGUGUAUUGUGUAGUUUAUAUUUUUGUGACCUGUAUAACUGUUAUAUUUUUGUAAUCUGUAUAAUUCAUGAAUGAUAGGUUGGGAAGAUAUUGUACAUUUUUAUUUGAUGACAUAGUUUUUUAUUGUUACCCUUUACUUACAGUGCGCUGUGAGUUCAGGACGAACUCUUUUUCAAAAGAGGGGGUUAUGUAAUGAUCCUGGCUCAUUACUUUUUAUUUUAUCAUGUCUUUUAUAUUUUGCUUUAAUUUUUGUUGCAUUAUAUUUUAUAGGGAAAUAUUUGAGUUGACAUGUUAAGGCUAGGCAGCACUAUAGAGCAUCAGUCUACAUGUGUUUUUAAAUCUUUAGCCAAUCAAAUUUCAAGAUUAGUUAGCUUGUCAGAGAGCUGACCAAUAGCAUCCUGGUAAAGGAUUCAUAUUGUUUAACAGUAGGUGUUAAGUUAGUCUGAAAGUCUUAGUUCGGAACUGACAAGGGAACAAAAUCUUUGAAACAAGAAAUAAUGCAUUGUGAUACAGUUUUGGAUUAAGUUUGAGAUGAUAGGAAUUGCCUGCUAGUAAAGAGAAACAUCAAUGGACUGCUAAGAUGGGUGACUGAUCUGGAUAUGCUUAUAUAGAACUGAUAUAAAAUAGACUUUGGUUGCAGAUUUACUAUUAUAGUGUGGGAUGAAUAUAUGUCAGAGUAUAGUGGACAAUUGCCGAAUUCCUGUGAACUAUUUUUAUUAACGCAAGACUUUCGUAACAAAUUCGCAAGAUUCGUGUAUUCCAGACCGUGUGAACGUGCAGAGACACAGAGCACACCCACUCAUGGCAGCAUCUCAAGCAGGGUUUCGCUAUUAAGUAUUCUUAUUGUUCACGUUCUGUUGGUGUUCUGAACUUUAGUUUAGUUGCUUUUUUCUACCUUGUUCAGUUUGAUCAAAGAUGACUAUUAUUGCUGAGCGUUCCAUUAGGUUAAGUUGUCUGCGAUCACUGUAAAUACGUUAUUGUGCUGUUAUGAGAUAGAUUGUGUCAUUGUAUGUUAGGUAGAGAUGGAUUAGGGAAGAAUGGAUAAGUGAGUUUCGCUUUAAAUCAAGAGUAAGUUAAAUAAGAUCGGUC